AUGGGAUUCAACAAAGACUGUCUAUCACAGUCAUAUCGCACUGGUAACUGUAUCUAUUGGAUAGUAGAGUACUUCACCCAAAGUGACCGUAACUACGUCAGUCUCUACAACAUAAUCAUAUGUCUAAUCUGCUGCAGCCUACGUACCCCCCGUACGGUUGGUGAUCUUUUUGCUUUCUUCCUCUAUGCUGGGUAUUACAUGGAUAAUGGUCUCGACACUGCAAUCAAACAAAAAAUGAAAGAUUUCCCCGUUGACUACAGCACUGAAUCCAAAGAGUUUACUACCGCUUUCAAAAAACUAGUUGGUGAAACCCAUACCGGUGGAAAGCACACUCCUGAGGCCGACCUCCGCAGCCUCUACGACAGUGAAUGUGACAACAAAAGCAAUGGCAAAACCUGUGGCCAAUACCUCCAAUCGCUCUCCUAUAGUAUCUAUUGCAAUAUUUCUACAACUUUCGCUAAGUCCUAUCUAUCACGUAUUGUCUAUCUAACGGAUGUCCUCAAAGAUGGUCUUGAAGAGUUACUUACAGAGUUCAAGAAUCUUAAAUGUGAACAUUGCAAAAAUGCUAAUCACCAACGGUGUCAAUCCAAUUGCCACUCCACCAACCAAUGUUCUUGUGAAACCAUCGUCCAAUGCGCUGACGUCCUACCCCUUUUCUUCAAAUUCGGCUUCACGUACUAUUCCGCAGCUGCAUUAAAUGGAACCGAUGGUGUCCCUGGCAAAAAACGCAAAUGCAAAGCCUUCUACGAUGAACUCAAAAAUCUCCUCGACGUGAAUAAAAAAGGCAAACCAUUCAGCGACCUCCUCUCAGCCAUCAACACAUUUCUCCUAUGCAUCCGCCAACCCUUCCUAUUGUACCUCCUAACAUUCUGGCUUGUGGCCAUUCUAUACUUCAGCUACGGUCUAACAAUACCUCUGGACCUGUUCCACAUUCGUUCACAUUGGAGACGCGGUUUGUCCCAUCAAAUAUCCGUGUUGGCGUUAUUAUCGAAGAAGGGACUGUCACCAACAAAGGUUGCGCAUUUUACACCAUAA